UUGACAUUUGUUGGAGGAGGAGCCGAAAAUAUUACUUACUUUUGAAAGAAAAUAGUUCAUAAAUAAGCAAUAAAAUAUAUUAAUAUAAUAAAAAUGGCGGAAAGAGACUACGCGCCGCUAAGCGGGGCAUGUGUCCGGGGACUGUGCGAUAAAUUAUAUGAAAAAAGAAAAUUUGCUGGCGUUGAGAUAGAAAAGAUGGUUAAAGAUUUUAGUGACGCUAACAAUACUAAUCAAAUAAAGCGUCUUAUCCGCGUUCUUGGACAAGAUCUGAUGUCCUCUACUAACCCCAAUGUAAAGAAUGGAGCACUGAUGGGUCUGUCAUCAGUGGCAGUAGGUUUAGGAAAGGGCUCGGCGACGUACACCAGCGAGCUCACGCACCCGAUCGUGGCGUGCCUGGGCGAGAGCGAGGCGCGCGUGCGCUACGCGGCGGCCGAGGCGCUGUUCAACGUGCUGAAGAUCGCGCGCGAGGCGGCGCUGGCGCAGUUCCCGCUCGUGUUCGACGCGCUGGCGCGCCUGGCCGCCGACCCCGAGCCGCAGGUGCGCCAGGGCGCCGAGCUGCUCGACCGCCUCGUCAAGGACAUCGUGACGGAGAGCCCGGCGCUGGAGCUGGCGCGCGUGGUGCCGCUGGUGCGCGAGCGCAUGUACACGCGCAGCGCGGCGGCGCGCCAGUUCGCCGUGGCGUGGGUGUCGGCGCUGGACGCGGCGCCGGCGCUGGGCCUGCGCAAACACCUGCCCGACCUGCUGGACGGGCUCUUCACCGUGCUCGACGACCCCAACCCGGAGAUACGCCGCAUGUGUGACGUGCAACUGAACGAGUUCCUCCGCAGCAUAAAGAAGGAUCCUUCAGAGGUAGACUUUCAAGCAAUGAUCAACAUUCUCAUCACGCAUGCGCAGUCGACGGAGGAGCUAUUGCAGUUGACAGCCAUCACGUGGCUGAAGGAGUUCGCGGAGCUGAGCGGCGCCAGCGUGCUGCCGCACGCGUCCGGCGUGCUGCGCGCCGCGCUGCCGUGCCUCGCCUACACCGACGAGCCGCGCAAGAGUAUCCUUUGGCCUCAGAUCCGCGAGACGGCGGCCACGGUGAACCUCCAGCUCACGAAGCUGGUGUCGGAGGCGGGGGGCGGCGAGGGCCGCCUGCAGCUGGACGCCGCGGUGGACGUGCUCACGCAGCUGCUGCACCACAGCUCCGUGCACACCAAGGUGGCCGCGCUCGACUGGAUCCUGCACCUCUACAACAAGCUGCCGGCCGAGAUGUACGUCCGCACGGAGCGCGUGUUCGUGAGCGUGGUGGGCUGCCUCACGGACGGCGCGGACGACGUGGUGCGGCGCGCGCUGGCCGUGCUGGCCGAGAUCUGCUCGUGCGCGCCCGCCACCGCCGCCGCGACCGGUGACCUGGAAAACAGUCCCUACUACCACAAGUUCCUGAACGCGCUGCUGCGCCUGCUGGCGGCUGACGAGAACCUGCUGGAGGACCGCGGGGCCUUCAUUAUCAGGCAGCUGGUGGUGCUGGUGGGCGCGGAGGCAGUGUACCGCGGCGUGGCGGGCGCGGCGCGCGCGCGCGAGCCGCGGCUGGCGGCGCGCCUGGCCGACGUGCUGGCCACGCUGCUGCUCACGGCGCCCGAGCUGCACGCGCUGCGCCUGCGCCUGCGCGCCUUCGACGACGAGGCCGCCGUGUCGCUGUUCCGCACGCUGUACCUGUGCUGGGCGCACAGCCCGGUGGCGCUGCUGGCGCUGUGCCUGCUCACACACAACUACGCGCACUGCGCCGCGCUCAUCAGUACCUUCGGUGAUCUCGAAAUAACAGUCGAUUUUCUAACGGAAGUAGACAAAUUAGUACAAUUAAUUGAAUCUCCGGUUUUCGCAUACCUACGGCUGGAGCUGCUGGGCGGGCCGGGCAGCGCGGAGCUGCGAGCGGCGCUCUUCGGCCUGCUGAUGCUACUGCCGCAGAGCGAGGCCUUCCACAUGCUGCGGCGCCGCCUGCACUGCGCGCCGCACGUGCCGGCGCCCGCGCAGCUGGCCGACGGACAGAGCGAGGCCUUCCACAUGCUGCGGCGCCGCCUGCACUGCGCGCCGCACGUGCCGGCGCCCGCGCAGCAGGCCGACGGACAGAGCGAGGCCUUCCACAUGCUGCGGCGCCGCCUGCACUGCGCGCCGCACGUGCCGGCGCCCGCGCAGCAGGCCGACGGACAGAGCGAGGCCUUCCACAUGCUGCGGCGCCGCCUGCACUGCGCGCCGCACGUGCCGGCGCCCGCGCAGCAGGCCGACGGACAGAGCGAGGCCUUCCACAUGCUGCGGCGCCGCCUGCACUGCGCGCCGCACGUGCCGGCGCCCGCGCAGCAGGCCGACGGACAGAGCGAGGCCUUCCACAUGCUGCGGCGCCGCCUGCACUGCGCGCCGCACGUGCCGGCGCCCGCGCAGCAGGCCGACGGACAGAGCGAGGCCUUCCACAUGCUGCGGCGCCGCCUGCACUGCGCGCCGCACGUGCCGGCGCCCGCGCAGCAGGCCGACGGCGCGCGGCAGUGGGACAUCGACUUCGCGGCGCUGCUGGCGGAGUUCCGGCGCGUGCAGGCGCUGCACCGCGAGCACCGCCUGCUGGAGCGCCGCCUCAGCCGCUCGCGCCUGUUCGACCCGCGCUCCUAGCAGCGCGGUCCGUCUUGUACAUAGUCGUAACGUUAUUAUGUCGGUCGGUUUCUCAUAAAUCAGUUUUCGGUACAUUAAUUUGCGGUUGUGACUGUAACUAAACAUAUUAACCCCUUGACAUUGAGUUGCAUGAAAUUGAACCAAAACUAGGGCCGAAACGAGUAUGAAAUGUGGUCGACGUUGUAUGUGAAGCAGCUAUUAAGCUAAAAAUGCUGAUAAUUGAGGAGCAACUUAAUUGUUUCCUUGUAAACACAUCUUUAGUCUAACGUUAAGAACAUGGCCGCUCUUCGAAAUUGCAAAUUAUAAAUAAAACAAAAAUUAAAAAUCAAAAUAUAAAUUUAUCCGCCAAUUUUUUUUUUUUUUUUAAUCAACGCAGUGUUUUAUUUUGCAAUGGCAUUGUCCAAACAUUUUGAAUUAAUAAUACUAGCAUAUUUAUUUUAUUUAUUUUAUUAAAUUGUUUAUGUAUGUCACUAAUUAAAAAUUAAGUACUAUUUAAAUAGUAUAUUUUUUUUAAUAUUCAAAUCCAUUCCCAAGAUGGAGUUAUGAUUAAGAAUUAACGUAUAAUUUAUUUAUAAUUUAAUUUAUUUUUGUCAUCAACUCCCAAUUGUACUCAACUCGGAGUAAUACUCAAGAGCACAAAUCAAAGGCUUUUUUAAUUUGAGCAUUCGCAUUAGGACAAUUAUGAAAAAUAAUUACUUUGAAAUCCCUUUACAGUAAAAUAGUGGAUUUAGUCUUAUCAAAAAUGAAUUGUUUGCACUAGUGUAUUAAAUACUUGUAAAGCCUAAACAAAAUUACAUUAAAAAUAUAUUGUAUGUACA